UAUCUACUUGAUUUGACUCAAGCUUCAUAUUAGCUUCAGAUAAACUUUUAAAUACAGCUUCACAACAGGCCGAGAGCAAAUAAAAGCCAUAAAACAAGUAAAAUGAGGACAAAAGUAGCUGCUACGGGUACAAAACCAGUGCUGUUUUUGAAUGGGUUAGAGAUGUUGGCUCAUGUCCAGGAAGGGUGAUGGUUCUGGGAAAAAGUUCUCUCCCUUUCUUCAAUAAGUACUUCUUAGUUUCUGUUGAACAAAGCACUUAACCCUCCACCCGCUGAGUCCAUCAGUGGACUGGACGCUGCUCAGCCGAGGAGUUUGGACGCUGGUUAAUUUGUGUUUGAUUAAAUGGAGGGUAAAGCUGUCCGAGGUGACUGUAUGGUGACGCUUUUAAAUGGCACUGAAAGGUUAUUAAAUCCACCGUUUGAAACUUUGUAAAUACUCAAGAGUUCAGAAAGUCAGUAAGGUCACGUUAAUAAGCUUCUGGCUUUUAUCCAAGUUUUAUCACUGACCUUUAAAGUAACUGUGAGCCAGUUCACACAGCUUGGAGCCUCUGGUGGUUGGAAAUAUUGUCUUUUCCUGGUGUUGAAAGACGUGUCAGUGACACAACUAUUUGAACUUGUGGCUGAGUUUCUCAAGAAUACAGUCGUUCCUUAGAAACCACCACAUCCUCGCUAGAGGUAUUUCAGCGGAAAAGGUGACUUGAGCCUGAGGUUAAAAGGUCAUCAGACAGUCAAGUGCAAACUAGAGGAAUGAAGACGUCAACAGCAGCAGCACCAUAAUGAUGAACGAACAGACCGGGAUGAGGACGACUACGCAGAAGUCUUUGGGGUCAUCAGCUGAGCUUUGACCCCCUCAUGGAUUAAAAAUGGCUCUGUGGCUGAAACAGGGAGGGAAGAAACCCAUCAUACUCUCUGGGAAUUCUUGGACUUUUACCAAGGUGUUUGUUUGAAGCAGGAUUUGUACACACUGGAGUGUCUUUUUGAUUUAAAUGGGACUAAAGUGAAGAUGGAAUAAGAUCUGAGAGGGAGAUGUUCCUAAAGCAAAACUGACUAUAAAAUACUUUGAAGUCAAGGAUGGAGCAGGAUUUCACACAGUAGGAUCUCUCAUCUCUCUCAUAAAUUGUGGCUUGUGAAGACUUGUAUGCACCAGCCUGGACUAACAUUAGCCAGUGUUGGUGAAGUUUCCAAACCUUUACGUCCAAAACAACUUAAAAAAAAAAAAAUCAUCCUACUGGUAAAUAAAAUCUAGCUGGCAAUAUUUGCCUGUAACUGUAAACAUUUCCAUUCCUCAUUGUUGUGAAUGGACGUCUGACUCUUCUAAAGCUAGAAGGCGACGUUUCCCUUCAGCUUCAAAACGGUACCUCUCGCUCCUGGUCAGUGUCUUGCUGCAGUGCCAUUAAAACACUCCAAACAUGGCCGCCACGGGAAGGAAGCACAUGGUGAAAGACUUCAACCAUUUCAUCACCUGUUACCUGUGUCGAGGUUACCUGAUUAAACCGACCACAGUCACUGAGUGCCUGCAUACCUUCUGUAAGAGCUGUAUCGUGCAGCACUUUGAGGAGAGUAAUGACUGUCCGAAAUGUGGCAUUCAGGUCCAUGAGACCAACCCGCUGGAGAUGCUCAGAUUGGACAACACCCUGGAGGAGAUCAUUUUCAAGCUGGUGCCCGGGCUCAGAGAAAAAGAGGAACAGCAGGAACUCGAAUUCUGGAAGAAGAACCAACCCAAAGAAAAUGGCCAAGCAGAAAACCUGAGAUUUCAGAGGGUCGGGCUGCCUGAUGUUGGAGGUGACGGUGGGGGCGGCGGCGGUGGCGGUGAUGGCGAAGGUGACGGCGAAGGUGACGACGACUACCACAGAAGUGACCCUCAGAUAGCCAUUUGUCUCGACUGCCUACGCAACACGGGACAGUCGGGGGAGAGCACUGUCACGGAUUUGAUGAAGAGGUUCAUCCGCUGCUCCAGUAGAGUCACCGUGGGAACAAUUAAGAAGUUUCUCAGUCUUAAACUCAAACUGCCCAGCUCUUAUGAGCUGGAUGUGCUGUGUAACGGAGAGAUAAUGGGCAGAGAUCACACUAUGGAGUUCAUCUACAUGACUCGGUGGAGGCUACAUGGAGAGAAUACGUAUCCCAUGGUUCUUGAGUACCGGCCACGCAUCGACUUUGGCUGAACCACGGCUGCAAGAAGAGGACCACACACACGUACACACAAAUGACAUACAACAUACAUAAGUAUACAAAACAUUAGGAACACCUACAUUUGCACACACACACACACACACGACCACAAUGUGCAGAGAAAGAGAAAAGAUUUAAAUGUAUUUUUGUACAGCCAAUGAUGAAGUGCAUACGUUGUUACGGUAAAGAGGUUUUAUGCUACAUAGAAUAAUAUAUAUGCUAUAAUAUAUGAUAUUUUUAAAUGUAUGUCCCUGUGCCUAAAAACCUGUUCAGAUCAGAAAUGAAGUACGACCAUAUCUUGACUUGCCUGUCUAACUCUGUAGAUUAAAUGUUGAUUUUCUACUGUU